AUGUGUGCUUUGGUCUCUCAUCCUACUGAAGGACUCGUGCUCUUCGAGACUGGUCCUGGAAAAGAUUACCCAGACGUUUGGGGACCACAGCUCAACGACAUCUUUGCUCGGGAAAACUAUUGCGAGGAUCAUGACUUGGAUGUUGCCAUUCGGAAAACUGGCAAUGACAUCAAAGACGUUAAGGCCGUCAUCAUGGGCCAUCUUCAUCUUGAUCAUGCUGGAGGAUUAGAGUAUUUUCGGGGAACGGACGUCCCUAUCUAUACACAUGAGCAGGAACUGAAGAACGCAUUUUACAGCGUUGCGACAAAAACAGAUCUUGGUGUCUAUCUGCCUACCUAUCUUCAAUUCGAUCUUAACUGGAAACCGUUCCACGGCGACGGAUUCGAGCUGAACACUGGGUUGAUCAUCCGCCACAGCCCCGGUCAUACCCCCGGCCUCUCAAUCCUCCAGGUGAACCUCAAAAACAGCGGGACGUGGGUUUUUACCACUGACCAAUAUGUUGUCAAAGAGAACUACGAGUCUCUUGCCACCCAGGGUUGGUUUACCAGGGACCAUGCAUCUUGGUCAAGAUCCAACCAGAUGAUACACUCUUUGCAGAAGUUGACUAAUGCGCGACUCAUCUUCGGACACGAUCGUGAUGUACUCUUUCAGUACAACUUAGCGCCAGGAUACUACGAAUAA